AUGCACAUGAUUGAGUGUGCCAAACAAGUGCCAGAACAGCGCGAGAGACGUAUUGAAAAUGUAAGAUGGAGGCCCUCGCAGGUUCUCGUGAAGCCGUGGUGUAGUGCAGGUGUGCUCGUGGAUCUCCUUCGAGCGUUAAGUGGGGCUAUGCCGAUCGACGGCGCUCUCUGGGCUUCUUCGCUCGAUGAUAUCUAUUGGGCUGCAUCUCUCCAAGAACAGACUCCCAGAAAACGGCCGCAAUCGACGACGAACCAACCCCUCACAAGAGUCAAGACCCGAGCCCACCCAGCUCCCUCAAGCUCCAAAAGCAGGGAGAGCCUGAUCUCCCGACACCCGCACGCGGUGUGGAAGAUCGCCCAGCGCGGAGCCGACGAGCACUCUGCCGCUUCCCAGGCUCCCCGCUCCAGCCCGCUCCCCGCUUCUCUAGGGCUUCCCGACCCUCUCCCCUCCUUCUCUUCCCUCUGCUACUGUACCAGUACUAUACCCCGCCCCAGCCUUCCCCAGCCUUCUCCCUAUUCGGAUCACACACGCUCGGACCUACGGACUCUCGCUCGGCAGACGGACAAUCUCGCUCUCGUCACGCGUCGCGGGUGGAUCACAGCCAGUCCCUGGUGCCUGUCCAGCCUGUCCCGUCCGUCCCCUACAGCAGCUUGCACUCAGAGAGCCAGAGUGAGCCUCGCGAGGCUCCCAGAUGUUCCCAGACGUUCCCAGACGCUCCCAGACGCUCCCAGGCACUCCCACGCCCCAGCCCCAGCCCCAUCCGCAUCCUCCGCCCUCGGCCGACCGCGCCGCGAUGAGGAGCAACCGUGGCGCACCGUGGCGCCGCGCCGCGCCCAAUGGCUCGCGCAUUUCUGCAAUGAGAAAGCACGCAGCAAGACCACAGCAAGCAAGCAGACGAGCACCCCGACGUGGCCAUCCGACUACUAUUCGACUACUAUUCGCCGCAAGUGGCGUAGCCGCCCGAUCGAAUGA